AUGAGCGGGGCGACUCUGGGUAGAAAUAGGGCAGAUCGAAGGAAGCGGUGUAAAAGAAAGAGAGAAGAAGUGAGCAAGGCUGGGGAGAGAGAAGGUGUCGCUGGACUGGAAGGCAGUGGGCGAGUUGAUGAGGCGGGAGGAUUGGGGGUGGUCACUGGCAGCGCUUCCACCCAGUCAUUCGGCGCGUAUCAAUCAAUGUUCCAGUCAGCUGGCCCCGGAGUCACGGCUACCCGAUGCCCAAAAAUCAAUCUAGCCGGCCGGGAAUGGAUGAUCGUCGCUAAUGGGUCCCCUAGCGGAACGCCGGGGAACAAUACUGAUCUCAACAAAAGCCUGGUUCAGUGUAGAUUGACCAAGAGUCAAGACAACGCGAGUGUACCGAACAAUGUAGACAAGGGCCCGAUGUUAUGCAUGCAUCAUCGCUACCUCAUGGCACUAGAGUCGAAAUCGCAGUGGGUCUUUCUCGGUUGGCACUUGACAGAUGAGCAUACCUCUGAGGCGAUAAAGUAUCCGGAUUGGCUGGCAAUCGCCCCUGCUUAUCAUGUACCUUGGCAGCCCUGA